UAACUCCAGCAGAUGAGAGGGACCCACUAGUUACAAUGUAGCGGGUCGCACGUAAUUCCUGCGCUGUGCUGUUGCUUUUUUGCAUUCAUUUUUAAUGUGAAAACCGUCAUUAUGUGGCUACCGUCUGAACACGAAAAAUACGGCGUCGUUCUGGCCAGUUUUCGUGGGACGGGACAGCACGGCCUGCCGCUGGAGAUUGGAGACACCGUGCAGAUCCUGGAGAAGUGUGAAGGCUGGUACAGAGGGUUUAUCCUUAAGAACCCAAAUGUGAAGGGAAUUUUCCCAUCAAGCUACAUUCAUUUGAAAAAUGCUCAUAUCAAGAAUAAAGGGCAGUUUGAGACCGUGGUGCCGGAAGAGGACCCGGUCAUUACAGAGAUGACCUCCACGCUGAGGGAGUGGGGAACCAUGUGGAAGCAGCUCUAUGUGAGGAACGAGGGGGACCUCUUCCACCGACUGUGGCACGUGAUGAACGAGGUGCUGGACCUGCGGAGGCAGGUGCUGGUGGGCCAUCUGACGCAGGACCGCAUGCGGGACGUCAAGCAGCACAUCACCGCCCGUCUCGACUGGGGCAACGAACAGCUGGGGUUGGACCUGGUGCCGAGGAAGGAGUUCAGCAUGGUGGACCCCGAUGAGAUCAGCGUCACGGAGCUGUACAAGCUGAUGGAGCAGCGGCAUCGCAGGAAGGAGGCACCGGCCCCGCCCACUGCGCAUCACCUGCUCGUCCAGGUGAAGAGUCUGGUGAGCUACAACCUUGCAGAGGAGCUGCAGGUCUGCUUCAGCAUCUACGACAGCAGGGACGGUCGGCCUCUCAGUGAAAGGUUCUUUGUUAGGCUGAAUAAACAUGGGGUGCCGAAAUCGCCAGAAAGAGCAGAGCGCCAGUGUACCCUUUUCACGGAUUUGGGCAGCGGUGAUCUGCGGAAAGACGUAUAUAUCGUGGCUCACAUUAUAAGAAUAGGGCGCAUGGGAGCGGGAGAGAAGAAGAAUGUCUCCAGUGUACAGUACCGGAGACCCUUUGGCUGUGCUGUCAUCUGCAUCGCAGACCUCCUCACGGCUGACUCCAGGGACGAUCACAACCUCAAAGUCUACACCUGCAACACAGAGAGCGAGUGGUACCAGAUACACGACAACAUCAUCCGCAAAACGAGUUCCAGGUAUAGCCUGCUGGGCUCCAGCACAGGCCUCUCUGUGUCCCUGCAGCUUCUCCAUGGCGACAUGGAGCACAUCCGCAGGGAGUAUAUGGCCCUCUUCACCUGCGGCAUCACCAUCACCAGGAAGCUGGGCUUCUCUGACGUCAUCAUGCCAGGUGAAAUGAGGAAUGAUCUGUAUAUCACCCUGGAAAAGGGUGAGUUUGAGAAGGGCGGGAAGAGCGUGGCCAGGAAUGUGGAGGUCACCAUUUAUGUGCUGGACUCGGACGGACAGAUCAUCAAGGGCUCAUUAUGGGAAGGUUCCGGAGAGCCGGGGGCUGACUCCUUCCAGUCAAUCGUGCUCUAUCACAACAACAGCCCCCGGUGGGCAGAGCAGGUCAAGCUGCCCCUUCCUGUGGACACAUUCCGAGGGUCACAUGUGCGCUUCGAGUUUCGCCACUGCUCCACAAAAGAGAAGGGAGAGAAGAAGCUCUUUGGCUUCUCCUUCAUCCCCUUGAUGCAGGAAGAUGGACGGACAUUACCCGAUGGCACCCAUGACCUCAUUGUUCACAAGUGUGAGGAGAACACCAACCUGCACGACUGCUCUCGAUACCUCAAGCUGCUCUUCUCCAAGGGAAGCAGUCUCCCAGGGAACAGCCAGACUGCAAAAAGCAGCAAGGAGUCCUUCUGCAUCACCUCGUACCUCUGCUCCACCAAGCUCACCCAGAACGGGGACAUGCUAGAUCUUCUCAAGUGGAGGACCCACCCUGACAGGGUGGGAGACAGCCUGUCCAAGCUGAUGGAGAUCGAUGGGUCUGAGAUCGUCAAGUUUUUACAAGAUACGUUGGAUUCUCUCUUUGGCAUUUUAGAUGAAAAUCCUCAGAGAUUUGGGUUGAAGGUGUUUGACUGCCUAGUUCAUAUUAUCAAUUUGCUGCAGGACAGCAAAUUCCAGCAUUUUAAGCCAGUGAUGGACACCUACAUCGAAAGCCACUUUGCGGGGGCUUUGUCGUACAGGGACCUAAUCAAGGUCCUGAAGUGGUACGUGGAUCGCAUCAUUGACGCUGAGCGCCAGCAGCACAUCCAACAGGUGCUCAAGGCAACCGAGUACAUCUUCAAGUACAUCAUCCAGUCACGGCGGCUGUACGCACUGGCCACCGGGGGGCAGAGCGAGGACGAGUUCCGCUGCUGCAUGCGCGAGCUCUUCAUGUCGCUGCGCUUCUUCCUGUCCCAGGACGGCAAGGCCGCCAGCCCCGUGACCCAGACGCAGGCAAUUUUUCUAAAGAACUUCCCAGCCAUGUACUGCGAGCUGCUGAAGAUCUUCACUGUGUGCGAGGUGGCCGGCUUUGUGCGUGACACGCUGGGCAGUCUGCCAAUUACCAGUCAGGCAGACUGCCCCUUGGAGGCCGUCAAGUUACAGUGCAUCGCCAAGACGGUGGAGAGCCAGCUGUACGCCAACCACGAAUCCAGGUGCAUCCUGCUGCCAGUGGUUCUGCAUCACCUCCAGGUUCAUCUCCAGGAACAGAGGGAUCUGGUGAUGUGUGCCCAGGUGCUGAGCAGUGUGCUCUCAAUCACAAUGAGGGACAACACGGACCUGUCGUCGGCCGAGGUGGUGAGCGCUAUCGUGCGGAGUCUCCUGGGCGUGCUUCUGGCAACCAUCCUGGAGGUGACCAAUCGGCCACAGCCAGCAGGGACGGCCAUGCGACUGCAGUUCCAGGAUGUCACGGGCGAAUUCGUAGCCUGCUUACUGGCUCUGCUGCGACAGAUGACAGACAGACACUACCAGCAGCUGCUGGAGGGAUUCACGGGCAAGGACGCGCUGAAGGAUUUCCUUCUGCAGAUAUUCACAGUCUUUCGGAUUCUUAUCCGACCAGAGAUGUUCCCAAAGGACUGGACUGUAAUGAGACUGGUCACCAACAACGUUAUCAUCACUACUGUGCUGUACCUGUCUGAUGCCCUAAGAAAGAACUUCCUGAACGAGGGUUUUGACUACAAGGUCUGGGAUUCCUACUUCUACCUCUCUGUGAUCUUCAUCAACCAGCCCUGCCUACAGCUUGAGAGCUUCUCCCCAACGAAGAGGAAGAGAAUCGUAGAGAAGUACGGCGACAUGAGGGUGAUGAUGGGCUGUGAGAUCUUCAGCAUGUGGCAGAAUCUGGGGCAGCACAAGCUGAACUUCAUCCCUGCCAUGAUCGGGCCCUUCCUGGAGGUGACGCUGGUGCCCCAGCAAGAUCUCCGCAAUGUCAUGAUCCCCAUAUUCCAUGACAUGAUGGAUUGGGAGCAAAGGAGAAGUGGAAACUUCAAACAGGUGGAGGCCAAACUGAUCGACAAGCUGGACAGUCUGAUGUCUGAGGGCAAGGGGGACGAGACCUACAGGGAGCUCUUCAACAGCAUCCUCCUGAAGAAAAUUGAGCGUGAGACGUGGAGGGAGAGCGGCGUCUCCCUGGUGGCUACUGUCACCCGGCUCAUGGAACGGCUGCUGGACUGCAGGGACUGCAUGAAAGUGGGGGAGGUGGACGGCAAGAAGAUCGGUUGCACCGUCAGCCUCCUGAAUUUCUACAAGACAGAGCUGAACAAGGAGGAGAUGUACAUCCGCUACAUCCACAAGCUGUACGACCUGCACCUGAAAGCGCAAAACUACACAGAGGCUGCCUAUACACUGCUGCUGUACGACGAGCUGCUGGAGUGGUCAGAGAGGCCGCUGCGUGAGUUCCUCAACUACCCCAUGCAAACCGAAUGGCAGCGCAAGGAAGCCAUGCACCUCACCAUCAUACAGAACUUUGACCGUGGCAAGUGCUGGGAGAAUGGGAUCAUCCUGUGCAGAGAACUGGCAGACCAGUAUGAGGCAUAUUAUGAUUACAGGAACCUGAGUAAAAUGAGGAUAAUGGAGGCAUCUUUGUACGACAAGAUCAUGGGCCAGCAGCGGCUGGAGCCAGAGUUCUUCAGAGUCGGCUUCUACGGAAAGAAGUUCCCCUUCUUCCUCCGGAAUAAGGAGUUCGUGUGCAGGGGCCACGACUACGAGCGCCUGGAGGCCUUCCAGCAGCGCAUGCUGAACGAGUUCCCUCAGGCCAUCGCCAUGCAGCACGUCAACCAGCCCGACGACACCAUCUCCCAGGCCGAAGCACAAUAUCUGCAGAUCUACGCCGUGAGUCCGAUUGCAGAGGCUCAGGAUGUGCUGCAGAGGGAUAACGUCUCUGAUAACAUCAAGAGCUUCUACAAAGUUAACCACAUCUGGAGGUUCCGCUAUGACCGGCCCUUCCACAAGGGAACUAAGGACAAGGAGAACGAGUUUAAGAGCCUUUGGGUGGAACGGACAACUUUGACCCUGGUACAGAGCCUGCCUGGUAUCUCUCGCUGGUUUGAAGUGGAGAAACGGGAAGUGAUGGAAGUGAGCCCGCUGGAGAAUGCCAUCGAGGUGAUCGAGAACAAGAACUUGCAGUUGCGGACCCUGAUCACACAGUGUCAGGCGAGGCAAAUGCACAACAUCAACCCGCUCACCAUGUGCCUCAACGGGGUGAUCGACGCCGCUGUCAACGGGGGCCUGACGCGCUACCAGGAGGCUUUCUUUGUGAAGGACUACGUGGCAAGCCACCCGGAGGACUGUGAGAAGAUCGGCCGUCUCCGCGAGCUCAUGCUGGAGCAGGCACACAUCCUGGGGUACGGCCUGGCUGUGCACGAGAAGUUUGUGCCACAGGACAUGAGACCUCUGCACAAGAAGCUGGUUGACCAGUUUCAUCUCAUGAAGUCCAGUCUGGGAAUACAAGAUUGUCCAGCCUACCUGCCUUUUACCAAUGGAAGCCCGCGUACCUACAUGGGCUCAAUGGUCAAUGCUGUGAGCCCUGAUGGUGGGCGGGGAGUGAUGAGACGUGGCCCCAGCACCCUCAGCUACCCAGCAGCGAACCGCUACUCCUCGUCCUCGCUGUCCUCCCAGGCCUCAAACGAAGUGAGCAACAUCACAGGCCAGUCGGAGAGCUCAGAUGAGGUUUUCAACAUGCAGCCCAGCCCAUCUACCUCAAGCCUGAGCUCCAAUCAUUCUGCCUCCCCCAACGUCAGCAGCUCCGCCCCCUCCAGCACCAGAGGUUCACCGCUGCCAUCUGAGAAGAAUAAGCAUUCCAGAGAGAGUUCCUGCCUUUCUCCCCGGGACAGACCCUGCAGCGCCAUCUACUCCAACCCCCUGGACCCCACACAGGUAAAUGAUAUAUACUGCACCAUGCCAAAACUGCAGGAUAAACUGGAGCAGCAGCACUUUGCCCUCAGUGCACCAUGCAGCUUCCCACAGCUCUGCUUCUUCGCCACAGGUGGAUCCUUGCAGACCAUAGGUGAUGCACAAGGCCUCAUCAAGGCUGCUGUGUCCUGCGACUGUGCAUUGAUCACAUUUCUGCUGCACCGUGCACCCAACUACAUACAGAUGGAGCCUGACAUCACUUGUUCUCCCCUGCCACCCACAGGAUCUCCGACGCAGACCCUGAGGUCGCUGUCCCCGGUCCCCAUACGCACAUCUCCGCAGAAGAGCUCUGUGCCCCCCUUCACGCCAUCGCCGACUGAGUGCCAGUCGGGGGGGCUGGUGUCCAAUUCACCGGCGCUGUCUGGCAGCUACAGCAGUGGCAUCUCUUCGCUGAGCCGCUGCAGCAUGUCGGAAGCGUCGGGCCUGGAGGCCCCGCCCCCCGGAGAGCUGGCCCCGCCCAGCAUGCUCACUGCCUCCGCGUCAGGAGGCUCCGAUGAGCUCCUGCGGCGUGACAGCAAGACACCGCCACCGUACAGCGUUUAUGAGCGCACCAACCCUCGGCGCCUGGUGCCUCUCCCCCACGGCCUGUCCGUCCUGCCCGGAGUGGAUCCUCCCGCCCUCCCGCCCAAGCCCUGCCAGAUCCGGGCCACCAAGCUGGACUUGGAUCCCCGAAGGGCUGAGCAGGCGCCUCGGCCCAGACCGCUGCCCAGGAAGGUGUCGCAGCUAUAGCGCCUUCUGCUGGUGCCACCGGCUUAUUUUGCACUUAGGUUGUGUUUUUUUGGUAAUGCCAAGAUUACAAAUGAAAUAUGAAAACAGAUUUUUAAAUAGUUGUGAUUAUUUUUUAUUAUUAUUUCUUUGGUGACAUUCAGUCCAAUUCAACCUUCAGUACCUUUAGGACUCAAGCCCAAAUAUGAAACUUAGGGGAAAAAAAUUGUUGAAAUUGCAUACAUUAAAUUAAGAAAUAUUUUUGAUAGAUGUAUAGAUAAAAUACAUGUAUAUACUGAUUAAAAGAUAACUUUGUUUUGCCUUAAAUGUAAUAUCUCUCACCUUGCUGUUGUUGAGGGCCUGUAGAAAAAUCUUUACUUUUAUUUUCACAACGAAGUGCUGGAUGGCUCUGGCUUGUUUUUUUUUCAGAAUAGCUGAAUAUCUACCCAUCCGUUUGCCGGAAGAUUAUAUGUGCCAUAUGAAAGACCGAUGGGAUUUUCCGAGUAAUGUACCAAAGGAAUAUAGAAACUCUUUUAUAUAACUGGAAGAUUAGAAACUAGAAAACUGACACUGCUUCAGGUAGCAGUGAACUUCUGUUUGCGUCGAUUUUGCGAAAUCAAGGCUGAUUUUCUGGCUGCAUGAGGCCUGUGUAGAACAGUAUUGUCCAGUAGUAGGAUUCCUUAUAUAUGUACUAAGGUAGAAAGCACAUGACUCAGAAAGCCUUGCCAGCCGAUAGCAGAGUAAUCAUCUCACGGCCAGUGGGGGCAUUAGCAAAUGUGGGGUGUGAGAAGGUACCGAUGGAAUUGAAAUUGUUCCUUUUUUGUGCUAAGGUCCUAGACUGGCAAAGCACUUGCACGAGGGGAUCUAUUCCAACAACAACAAAAUUAAUAUAUUCCACUGGCAAAGGGUUUGUCAACCUUGUCCGCAGCGAGAUGUCAAGCUACGUGUUUGUAUAGCCGAAUAUUUUUCGGGCAGUUUUUCUAAAUUGUUUGGCAUGGAGGCAGUGCCACUGACAGGGUGUGCAGUAAGCUGUCCCUUUUAUAGUAUUCAGAGGCUCACGGGCAAAACACAGGUGGCUGGGAAGUGUUUUAGGAAAACAUUGUUUUGUAAAAUGUUUGUGGGAAAUAUCGAUUGUCUCUUUGAGUGGUUUUUGACUAUUCAACCACAGUAUUCAUUGUAACUUUAACAUUUUUGUAUUUUUUUGUGAAUUUGGGAUUAAAUAUAUUUACAUGAAUCGCUACUUGUGAAAAUGUAAAUUACAUUGAUGAGACUGUUGUAAGUAUGCCAAAUAGCUUGUUGAAUACCACUAUUGUACAUAUGUGUUUUUAACAAGAUGUAGCUAUAUGAAUUUACAGCUUUGAAUGUUCCAAGAAGAAUUAUAAUUAUAAAUGUUUAAUAUCCAUGUUUAGUGACUGUAGAGAGAGUACAUUGAUUCAUAACUCAAUCAAAUAACCUGUUGAAUAAAACACACUUGGAAGACAGUUUUGCAUAAGACUGACAUAGUGGUAUAUUUUGUGUAAGAAAACACUGUCAGUCCCUUACCGAAGUUAUGACAUUUUAUUGCUCACUCUGUGAUUUAACUGCACUUUAUUCAUAUUGUGGAGAAUGUGCUAGUUUUCUUUGUUUAGCAUUUGGACUGAUCUCAAAGGAUUCCCUUUGACCCUAACAUGGCGCAUUUAGUUAGUGACAGAGGAAUAAAGUACAGUAUUUGUGUGUUUUGUUUUCAUGUUCUUGAUGCAACAUGCCUUUAAACAAAUACAUCGGGCAUACAUUAUCAGCACAAAAAUAAAAUCCUUGAACUUAA